AGUUUAUUAAACGAAUAAAAAAAGUGUUAUUUUGUGUAUAGUUUAUUUGAUUUUACAGGCUCUACGGUGAGUUUAAUGCUAAAAAUAGCUCGUCAAGCGUUGGUCCAAAUUUAAAAGUCCUUGAGAAAUAGUCUCGUGAGGAGUACGCCUACGUCAUCGACGGCAUGUUUUCUAGGUAUGUGGGUCUGAUGGAGAGAUCCGAUUGGUCAGCAAAGCCUAUUCAGCGGCCAUUUUGUUUGAUGCUGAGUCACCAAAAGGGAAAAAUAUUCAUGAAUUUAAGCGUACUCCUCACGAGACUAUACAACGGUAUUGGGCAUUUCCCUGAACUGAACACAAAAUUCGGGUUUCAUGUUCCUUGUUGAUUAGCACAGCGUGCUUUUUAAAAUUCAGUUAUCUUGGAAAUAGAAAGUAAAUUAUUGAUAAACGUUUUAAAGUUACCCACUUCAUAUGUUAUUCUAUGCGUGUAAACUUUUGUAGUAGAUAGAUGAAAACAUUACUUGCGAAAAGUUAAUUUCAAGGUUUGUGGUGUUGGUGACCCUCGUGAAGUGAUAAUUUGUUCUUAAUUUUAUGAACCAUAGUAAAGAUUUACCACAAUAAAAAACUGUGUGAAGUGUCAAAAACUUAAUGAUAAACAUUGUGCGUUAACGUGAACUGUUAACCGGUUAAAUUGCUAUUGGUGGUCUACAAUGAGGUUGUGUGGUGUGUGGAUGAUGUAGCCUACUAGUGGCUAACCCAGAACGCCGGGCGGAGCCCAGAACCCUUUAAAAUAUUGUAAGUGGCUGUUCCCGCUCAUUUGUAAACAUGACAGACACGCUGGUCAAGGUGAAGACCGAGAGGCCCGAUGAGGCCGAAAUCCGAGAGUUGGCCGCCAAGAUGGUGGAGGCAAACAAGGCCAAGGCACUGGCGGCCACAGCGGCGGCGGCGCGGCCCCCGGGCGCCAUGGUGGGCAGCGCGCCGCCGGGCCCGGGCGGUCAGAUGGGCAUCCUCAACUUCUUGACCAGGAAGCCUGGCGCCGGCGCCGCGCCCGCCGCGGCCGACGCCCGCGCCACCGCCGACGGAGAGAAGAAGACUCCAGCUCCUGAUGAAGCCAGCUGGAAGGGACACUUCGGCUGGGACAUGCUUGGCAAAUGCCACAUACCUUACAUUUACCGAUCUGCAGAAAAGUAUGUUGCUGUCAGAAUGGUAGAGAUCAAACUACUCAACAAGUACCUGAACUAUCUACAUCCCGAUAUCUAUUCCUGCACCUGUAUCAGAAGCUACUACAUCACAGAGAUUGAAGCGAGACUCCUGAAUGAGAUAAACAACAGACACUGUGAUGGACAAUUUGGUCGGGAACCAUUCACGCAGAAAGACUUAGUUGUUAGGUUAUCAGAUGCUUAUGAGUUCUAUAACUUCUUAGAUGUAUGUUACAAUAAGCUCCUCCGGGGCACCACAAAUAGCAAAGACAAGUGCGGGUUCAUCAGGAUCAACAAGGAGUCAGUGGUCCCGUACACGGUGCGAGACAGCAUGAAGUACGUGCCACUGUUCUACUUUGAAGGGGAAACGGACAAUCUUAAACUUAAGGCAGAUCAAUUGAAAGGCUGGGACCUGUCAUACCUGAAGUUCUGUUGUAAAGUGCAGGGAAUAAGGAAUGAGUUGUUUGCCAGUGAGACUUGUUCAGUGAUUAGUUUAGCGGACAUCAAGGGCUACUUCCCCCCAGGGACAGAGUUCGAGGAGUACUGGCCCAACAAAGUGGUGGAUGCACAGCUGCUCAUUGCCGCCAAAGGCACAAUGUCAUCAUCGGGCGGCGGCGGGCAAUGGACGCGCGCGCCGCCUGCGCCCCCACCAGGGGUGGUCAACAAUGGAACCUCCAACAGCAUGCCCAGCAACCGCGGCCGGCGAGCCAACAACACGCAGCGGCACUCGCCAGGGUCCGCCUCCAUGCAGAUGCCUCACCAGGGCAUCUCGGCCGCCGUGCAGGCGCUGGCCAACAGCUGGAACAUGCCCGGAGCCCUCACGCAGGUCCAGACCCAGCAUGUGCUUCGGCUCGCCCAGGCGCAAGUGGCUGCCCAGGCGCAAGCACAGGCGCAGGCGGCGGCGCGCUACAACAGCAUGGCCGCCUCCAUGCCGCAGCACCGGAACAACCAGCAUCAGAGAAAUGUACAGUUGCCAAACAGUGCGAUCACAAUGUCGAUGGGGCAGCAGCCGCCGCCGCCGCUGGUGCGCAGCUCCUCCAACUCCAACAAUAUGAAUCCUCAAGUGAGCCGCUCUAUGAAUGGCCACUCGACCUCAGAAACACACAAGCGGCUGCAGCCUAUAGCCGACGUCAACGUCAGUGGCAACCAUACGCCUUAUAAGGUACAAAAAGCGCUAGUAGAGAACACGAUGGUGCCGUGCAUCAACGCCAAGCCGUACCAGUACACGGAGCUGCUGAUGACGCUGCCCGACCUGGCCAGCCACUUCUUCCCGCGAGUGUCGCUGUCCAUCUGCCGGUCUAUGCUGGACGCGCUGGGGCUGACGCUGUUUAGGCCUAACUCCGCGCAACUGCAAGUGCUCCGCGGCUGCGGCAAGUGCAAGUCGGCGGCGGCGGGCGAGAACGGCAUGGCCUUAGUGCAGAUCCGUGACGUCAUGCUUCACAUGCCCCAGUUCAAGUACAUGCUACAGCGGCAGAGCAACGACGACCCCGCGCCGCUCGCCUCCCCGCGCCCCGCGCACCACCCCCCGGCCGCGCACGCCUCGCACUCCGGCCCUAAACGCGCCAGGGCCAACUGAACACAGAUGAACUGGCAACACUGGUGAGAGCUGUAAAUAGAAAAAAGGUUGACAGGUGUGGUACUGGCCGGUUAGAAUGUACAUAGACAGCCAAGGAGUACGGCUGCUGGUAUUAUUGAGCCUUAUUACGAGCAAAUAAAAAUAUUUAUUAAACUUUUAUGGUAAAUUUAAAUAUAGUCGGAGUAGACUGCCACUUAGCGAAUCUUCAUAGAAUGGGUGUAAAUAUUUCUUCGGAUAGUAGAUACGGCAAUAAGGCACAGUAAUUUUAUUAGGCUGAAUUGUAUUAUAAUUAUAGUAUGAAACUGAUGUGAUGCGUCAGUUGUAAACUUUCUGCAUUUUUGUAGAAAUAAGACAAAUUUUACUUUAGCUAUAAUUUUAGGCUUUGCUUGGGUUUACUGAUGUGUUUUAAGUAAAUAUAUGUCUAAAACAAGCAAAGCCUCACGUUAUUGUACAAAGCUGUAUAUUUAAAGAAUCAGAUGAUCUAAAAUUAGUACCUACCUAUAAACUAAUUUUAAUAGGAAGACUGAGCAUUUUAGUUUUUAAUUUCGUAAUGUCGGAAAUGUCGUAAAACUACAUUUCAUAUUUGCGGAAUAUUUUCUAUUGAAAAGUAAUAUAUUUCGAUGUUUUUACGUUUCUUUCGAGUAUACGAUAGGGUUAUUAUUAGUUUAUAAUUUCUGCAUUUAUGCAGUGCCUAUAUUGUUACUUUAUCAAUACAAUUAACUUCUUAUCAUGGGCAGGGAUCGUAUUCAUGAAUUGAAUGUUUUUUGGAAUUCGACCCUUGUGAUGCGAUUGAUGAGACAUACUAAUAAUACUUUGCAUUUUGUUAAUAAAUGUAUUAACUUAAUACUUAGAAUUAUUGUAGGUUAAAAGUAUUGUAUAAAUAGCAUACUGGCUACGCUUUACGAAUUUGCUUAUCAUCACAUUUGAUUAUUUAUUUUAUUUAUAAAUAAAUCACAGGAAAGAACAAUACGGAGUAGUUCACGAUUAUUUAAGGUCACACUAAAGAUAAUUCUUUCAUAAAAUGUAAGUAUGACAAUGUCAAAAUUUCCCUCAUAAACUUAACCUCAAGAUUUUAAUAUGAGUUAUAAAUUUCAUGUUAAAUUGCCAAUUUUAAACAGUACAUAAUUCACACAAUUUAGUUUGAAUCUCAACUCACGGAAUGUAGCUUAAUUUUUCAUUUUUAUGAGUCAAUUCAACAGCUGAACUUGUUAAACAAUUAAACAUAAAUCAUUGUAUUAUCGCUCUAAAUCGAAUGCACCUUUUUUUAGCCUAAUUAGAAUAAUAAUUAUAUUAUAGACUUUCAACCCACUGUAACUUAACUGGCAAUUUUCUUGGUUCCUAUUAUUUUUAUAAAUGGUAUACUGUUCAUUGCAGCAUUAUGUAUCAAUGGCUAACUGGACCUGUAACCUGUAAUAGGCAUGAAAAACACCAAACAACACAUUCAUAACAAAACGCGAGAUAUUUUGACAUUCUGGAGUAUGAUUUGCAUAAAAAACGACGUAAGCUGACUAUGGUUGGGUUAUUCAUAUCACUUUAGUGUAAGGGCCACCAUAGUGGAUCAUAAACCCAGUAAAUUUUUAUUUAUACUUCAUGUGUUGUACAUAACAUGAUUUUCUAAAUUUAUUUGUAUUUUCUCAUUACCUGAUAUUGAGAAAAUUAGACCUUGAAAACCUAUUGUAAUUUAACUUGUAUGAGAGUGAAUCCUAUAUAGAAACAGAUUUUGUAUUUAAAUAGUGUUUAUUCAGUGUAAAUUGAUGCUAAAUUAUUUAUGACCUAUGUAAGAUCUAUUUGAUAGUAAUAUAUCAAACGUGCAUUACAUUUUUACGCUCGACAACGUCUGUUGGGUUUGAUUAAAUUCUGUAUAAAGAAAAUAAAAGGAUUCUACUUAAA